UCACAAACAAAAAAUUAAAAAAUGUUUUCCCUGUUGCUAUUGGCAGAAAUACAACAUGUUUUCAGGACUCAGCCUUCUCCUCCUCUCACUGAGUUUUUGGUUCUGUAACAUUGCACAAACAAACCAACAAGAAACAUCCUCUACUAAUAUUGAUGAUAUCAGCAUCAACCCUGAGAUUGCAAAAUUUGUGGCCAGAAUGAAAUACAUUGCUCAGAAUUGCAAAGAAAUUCGUGACAAGUACCAUGUUUCUGAGGAUGGCCUGUACUAUCUGAUCUCUUCAAGAGGAGUCCUUUACCAGACGUUCUGUGACAUGACCACUGCAGGCGGCGGCUGGACGCUGGUGGCCAGUGUUCAUGAAAACAACAUGUAUGGAAAGUGUACAGUUGGUGACCGCUGGUCUAGUGAACAGGGCAGCAAUGCAAACCGGCCUGAAGGUGAAGGCACAUGGGCAAACAAAGUCACAUUUGGAGCCGCAGAGGCUGCUACAAGUGAUGAUUACAAGAAUCCUGGAUACUAUGACGUUGUGGCUCAGGAUGUUUCUGUGUGGCAUGUGCCUAAUAAUAUGGAGUUGGAACACUGGAGCACUGCGUCUAUCCUGAGAUACCACACUGAAAAUCACUUCUUAACCCUACACGGAGGAAACCUAUUCAAGUUAUUUACGAAAUUCCCUGUGAGGUUUGGAAUCGGCUCCUGUAACAUUGAUAAUGGACCUUCUGUCCCAAUCAUGUAUGACACUGGAAAUGACGAAUCUACCAAAAAACUGUAUGGUCCAAGUGCAAGAACACAAUUUGAGCCUGGAUUUAUCACAUUCAGAGUCCUCAAUUAUGAAAAGGCAGCUAUGGCUCUUUGUUCUGGCGCUAAACCAACUGACUGUAACACUGAGCAUUUUUGUAUUGGAGGCGGUGGACACUUUCCUGAGGGUUACCCUAAACAGUGUGGAGACUUUACGGGUUUUGACUGGAAUGGCUAUGGCACUGAUACAGAAUGGAGUGCUUCCAGAGAGAUAACUGAAGCAGCGGUGCUUCUCUUUUAUCGCUAA